GAGUAGCAAACCCAUGUCUCUCAAAUUACUUUCUAGAAACUCGUUUUCAGACAACUAUAAUUUAAUUUUGAGCCCUCGUAGGACGAUCCGCUCGUAGGAACCAUGAAAGAGUUUAGCAUCUUUUCCAUCUGGUUUCUCAACCUGUUGCUGCUGGGGAGCUCAUCAUGUGCUGCUGAAUCAAGUGUUGUGAAUCCCUGUUGUUGUUACCCUUGUCAGAACUCAGGAGUGUGUGUGAGAUUUGGUACAGAUCGCUACGAAUGUGACUGCACUCGCACUGGCUUCUAUGGAGACAACUGCACUGUUCCGGAGCUCUGGACAAGAGUUUGUCUCACGCUGAAGCCGAGGCCUUCAGUGGUUCACUUCAUCCUCACCCACUUCCACUGGUUCUGGGACCUCGUCAACAGCUCUUUCCUGCGGGACACAGUCAUGAGAUUAGUGCUGACGGUCAGAAGCGACCUUAUUCCAAGCCCUCCGACCUACAAUACCAAGUAUGGAUACCUCAACUGGGAGUCGUACUACAACAUCUCCUACUACACCCGUCUCCUCCCUCCGGUACCUGAAGACUGCCCUCUACCGAUGGGAGCUAAAGGUAAACCUGAUCUGCCUGAUCCCAAAGUGUUGACUGAGAGGUUUUUUAGGAGGAAGACAUUUAGGCCAGACCCUCAGGGAACCAAUUUGAUGUUUGCCUUCAUGGCCCAGCACUUCACCCACCAGUUUUUCAAGACAGCCUAUGAAGUUCAAGGUGGCUUCACCAAGGCUUUAGGACACGGGGUGGAUGCGAGCAAUAUCUACGGAAACGACCUCAUCCGACAGCAUCACCUCCGGCUUCAUAAAGAUGGAAAGCUAAAAUAUCAGACAGUAAAUGGUGAGAUGUACCCUCCUACUACAUCUGAGGUCCCUGUGCACAUGGUGUAUCCUGAGAACUUCCCUCCAGAAAAGCGCCUGGUCAUCGGUCAGGAGGUGUUCGGCCUCCUGCCGGGCCUCACCAUGUACGCCACCGUAUGGCUGAGGGAGCAUAACAGAGUCUGUGACAUCCUGAAGGCAGAACAUCCCACCUGGGACGAUGAGCAGCUCUUCCAGACCACCAGACUCAUCAUCAUUGGAGAGAUCAUCAACAUCAUAAUAGAAGAGUACGUGCAGCAUCUGAGUGGUUACCUGCUGAAUCUGAAGUUCGACCCCACCCUGCUCUUCAACGCACGCUUCCAGUACAGCAACCGCAUCGCUCUGGAGUUCUGCCACAUCUACCACUGGCACCCGCUCAUGCCCGACAGCUUCCUCAUCGACGGAGAUGAAGUCCCGUACUCCCAGUUUAUUUACAACACCUCCCUCCUCAUGCACUACGGUGUGGAGAAAAUGGUGGAUGCCUUCUCCAAACAACCUGCAGGACAGAUAGGUGGAGGUCACAACUCUCAUGCAGUAGUGCUCAAGGUGGCAGAAAUGGUCAUCAGAGAGUCCCGAGCAACACGCGUGCAGCCCUUUAAUGAAUACAGGAAGAAGUUCAACCUAAAGCCAUACACCUCGUUUUAUGACUUCACUGAUGACAUAGAAAUGGCCAGAGGUCUGGAGGAGCUCUAUGGUGACAUAAAUGCUCUGGAGCUCUACCCCGGCGUCCUGCUGGAGAAAACACGUCCCAACAGUCUAUUUGGUGAGAGCAUGGUGGAGAUGGGUGCUCCCUUCUCCCUGAAAGGCCUGAUGGGAAACCCCAUCUGCUCCCCUGAGUACUGGAAGCCCAGCACUUUUGGGGGAGAGACAGGUUUCAAUAUCGUCAAAACUUCCACUCUGAAGAAACUGGUGUGCCUCAACACCAAGUGGUGUCCAUACGUGGACUUCCAUGUUCCCCGGAAUAAGGAGGAGGCAAAACCAAGGAAAUUACCUACUGAACUUUAAUAACGAUUUCAAUAAUCAUAAUUCGUUUCUGAAUAUACUGACUGUGGGAGAUACUGUAGUUGUAUUUAAUAUAAUUAUUCUUUGUCAUAAUCCCAUUUGGACUGGAUUUUAGGAGAGGAGUGAUUUUGUGACCUGGCCACUCCACUGGGGGUUUAAGUACGUUGAUCAGGAGCAACUUCGCAUGAGGAAGGGGUGCAGAUCAAACCAAUCAGGUUCUGUACUGCAACGAUGAGGACUAGAUCAUGAUUUAUUUCUGUCGUAUAUAAUAUGAAUUAAGAAAAACCUACAAUCCCAAUACUAAACGGUUAACUGUGUGAGUUCUCGACUGAUGAACAGGAUGUAGAGGGUGGAGUAUCACCUCAUAGCAUGCGUGAGAAAAGUGAUCACACACUGCUGUGGUUUUGUCUGCAGUACUUCUCUGUUUCAAAUGUAAUUAGUUCAUGUGUAUUUAGUGUUAACUAAAUAAGUAAAACCAAUACUGGUAUCAUGUCAUGGGGGCUCGCAUGCUGAACACACUGCAGGAUUACUGUACACUACUUCUGAUGCAAAAAUAACUGCAAACUAAUCUAAAUUAAAUAUCUAUUUUGAGAAGUUACAGCCAGCAUGGCAGAAAAGUGUGGUUGCACUGACCUCUGUGGGUUACAUUUCAAGACUGUUUCAUGUCGAGUGUGAUCGCUGCACUUAGCAGAUUUCAGCUGCUAGAGGGCAACAAAUACCCAUUUAGCUGCUGCAGUUUCAGAUAGUGUGCAUGCUGGCUCACUGUCAUAAAACAGAGACAUCAUUCAUGUUAUUUCCUGUGGUUUUCCUUCUAUGAAAAGUCAAAAUGUCUGCUGUUAAAAAGCCUUUAACUCUACAAAGAGUGACCCAAAACAAUUUAUUGAAUAAGAUUAGAAUAUGAAUAUGAAUAUGUUACCUAUUGAAAAAAACAAGUCUCUGUACUACAUUAAUUUAAAAUAUUCACCCUUUCAAUAGCUACAGGAAUAAAACAGUGUAUUUUUUAGAGUCAAAUGUAGUAUCAAGAGAGCUCUUGAUAAAGUAAAAACUCGCAUGUAAAUGAGUUCUAAUGGAUUUCAGUCGUAGCUUGUAGCCUGUACUUUAUCCCAAAUGUUUAGAGCAAAUAUUAAAUUCAUGAAAAAAUUGUAAUUCAUCUCUUCUAUUUUAAGAUUAGUCCGAUUAAUACUUUACUGAACUCCAAGAUCCCAAAACUGUAGAUUUAUAAGAUGGGACCAGAAUAAGGAUGGGAUGCUAAAUUUUAUUAUGAAAAAAAAAGGCCCUGAAAGGCCUGAUGGGAAACUCCAUCUGCUCCCCUGAGUACUGGAAGCCCAGCACCUUCCAGAGAGAGACCGGCUUCUGUAUCAUUAAAACUUCCACUUUGAAG